AUGACGUUUGGUGAUUUUUUUUUCUUUUCUUCCCCGUCCCCCAGCUGUUGUCUUUUCUCUCUCCCUCUCCCUCUCCCUCUCCCUCUCCCUUUCUUUUUGUUUUGCUUAAAAAUUAUGUGUUCAAUUCCGAGCGUUUGGGCGCAUAUAUAUUUUUUUCCACCCUUCUUUUUUUCGUUUCUUAAUUUUUUUAAUUGUUAUUGUCGUUGUUUGUGUAAACAAUUUUCUUACCUUUUUUUAUUUCUAUUCCGCCUUGUGCCAUAUAACUGUGCGUGUGCAGACCUGACAAAUAACCGAGUUUGGUUUGCCUGA